UCAUGAUUGUUAGCGAUCGGAUCUUUUGCAGAUCAUUAACGCAUAGGGUCGCCGUGCGGUGGAACAGACUUGACGCCACCUAAUAACAAAGCCAAAGGAACAAGGCGAGGGCAGGCACCCAGCGAUUCAAACGUCAUUGCGCACCGCACAGACAGCCCAUUGCCGCGCAAGCGCAUUGAAAUAAUAGGCCCGGUAUUGGCCAAGCGGAUGUUUUUCCACCGAUCUACCUUUGUGGACUCAAUCGUGGAGCUGAUUGGCUAUGUUCCUGUAGCGUACGUAGGCGUGACGGGCAAUCGACCAAUGGGAAGGCCGAAGGCCGGGGUACGCGAGGGUUGCCGGGCUGCAGGUGACACUCUAAUAGUGGAAGAAGACGCACCCAAUCCGAAAACUGAUUCAUCUAUAGUUACAAAACGGACUGCUCCUAAUUCAUUCAGGGAGGUGCUCCCUGUUCUUGCCCGGAAGGUUGUUCCAGCAGAUAACUCAUGCCUUUUUACCAGUGUUUACUAUGUGGUAGAAGGUGGGGUUUAUGACCCAGGAUGUGCUCCAGAAAUGAGGAAUCUAAUAGCCCAGAUUGUAGCAAGUGAUCCAGAAUCUUAUAGUGAGGCAGUACUAGGGAAGACUAACCAAGAAUACUGUGAAUGGAUCAGAAGAGAAGAUACAUGGGGAGGUGCAAUUGAGGUGUCUAUCUUGUCUAAAUUUUAUCAGUGCGAAAUAUGUGUAGUGGACACACAAACAGUUAGAAUUGAUCGUUUUGGGGAAGAUGCUGGCUACGCUAAACGGGUGCUUUUAAUUUAUGAUGGUAUUCACUAUGAUCCACUUGAGCAUAAAAUUCCCAACUCAGACAUUCCUCCCCAAACAGUGUUUUCAACAUCUGAUGAUGUUGUCCUUGCACAGGCUUUGGAGUUAGCAGAUGAAGCCAGAAGAAAGAGACAGUUUACUGAUGUGAACCGGUUUACAUUGAGAUGUGUGGUAUGUCAGAAAGGAUUAACGGGGCAGACGGAAGCCAGAGAACACGCCAAGGAGACGGGACAUACCAACUUUGGAGAAGUGUGAUUUUUCUGUGAGGUUGGGCAUACCUACUACCUCACAUAUAUAGAACAAGCCUCUCAAUCCUCAAAUAAGCUAUAUGUAAUCGUAAGAAAUCCAUUCAGGAUCUGAAAGCCCUAAACGUACCUAAUUAUGGCUGAUAUACAAAGGUUUGCUGUAGUUGGUGUGCAGCAUUUACAAGAGUGUAUGCGGUCAUAUAUUUUCCAGCUAGUUUGGAGUUGUCUUUUGCAUGUUUAAGAAGUAGGAGAACCAUUGAUGCCAUCUCCCAUAUCGAGAAUCUGAGUAGCUGAUACCGGAAUUCCUUUGACACAAUUAAAUAUACAGACACUACCGUAGCUAGACUUUUAUAUAGGCUUUAAGAAUCACUGAUGGAAUAAAAAUCACAGCUCAGUUCCUGAGUUUCUGAUUAUAGAGUCUAGUAAAUAAUUAUGUUGGCCUCCA